ACGAAAGUUGGGCGAGUUGGUCCGAUUUCGUCGUCGUCGUUGGUUAUAUUUUUUCAUUCGCCGCGAGAGAAGAAUUUUAACAAAAAAAAAAAAAAGAAAAAUUAUAUUUCAGUGGCUAUAUAAAAAUCAAUAAAAAAAAAUUAUCUUCAAUAUUUUCUUCCCCCAAAAAACAAGAAAGUGUUAUCAAUUAAAACUAAAAAUACUUCGUUAAUUUGCAAAUAAAAUUUGUAAACCGUGUAGUUUUACAAAUACAAAUAUAAAUUGUAAUAUAAAAGCAAUUUUAAAUCUCUCUCGCAAGUGUUUUUUUAUAGAACCUAUACACUUGUGUUAGGUAUUUAAAAAAACAUUUAAAGUUAAAAGUAAAAUAUUUAAAAUAAAAUCUAAACGUGAAUCUACGAGGAAAAAAAUCAUCUACAAUGGCGCCCGUAAGAGGUGAUGGAAUGCGAGGACUCGCUGUCUUCAUAUCGGACAUACGAAAUUGUAAAAGCAAAGAAGCCGAAGUAAAGCGAAUAAACAAGGAACUCGCUAACAUAAGAAGCAAAUUCAAAGGCGACAAAACCCUCGAUGGUUAUCAGAAAAAGAAGUAUGUCUGCAAGUUGCUAUUUAUUUUCCUACUUGGUCAUGACAUCGAUUUUGGGCACAUGGAAGCCGUUAAUUUGUUGUCGUCGAAUAAAUACUCAGAAAAACAGAUUGGAUAUCUGUUUAUUUCUGUUCUCGUCAAUACAAAUAGCGAUCUUAUUCGUUUGAUCAUUCAAUCCAUUAAAAACGAUUUACAAUCUAGAAAUCCAGUUCACGUUAAUCUGGCAUUACAAUGCAUCGCCAAUAUUGGCAGUCGAGAUAUGGCUGAAUCGUUUUCAAAUGAAAUUCCAAAACUUUUGGUAUCAGGAGAUACAAUGGAUGUUGUGAAGCAAUCAGCAGCUCUUUGCUUAUUGCGUCUGUUCAGAUCAAGUCCCGAUAUCAUUCCCGGCGGUGAAUGGACUUCACGAAUCAUUCAUUUACUUAACGAUCAACAUAUGGGCGUUGUGACAGCGGCAACAUCGUUGAUCGAUGCACUUGUCAAGCGAAAUCCCGACGAAUAUAAGGGAUGUGUUAAUUUGGCCGUUUCACGUCUAUCACGCAUUGUCACUGCAAGCUACACUGAUCUCCAAGAUUACACUUAUUAUUUUGUACCAGCUCCAUGGUUGUCAGUAAAGCUUUUGCGCUUAUUGCAAAAUUAUAAUCCAGUGACUGAAGAGCCCGGAGUUCGUGCACGUCUAAGUGAAACCCUCGAAACAAUCUUGAAUAAGGCCCAAGAACCACCAAAGAGCAAGAAGGUACAACAUUCCAAUGCUAAAAAUGCUGUUCUCUUCGAGGCAAUCAAUUUGAUCAUACAUAGCGAUAGUGAACCAAAUCUAUUGGUUCGGGCUUGCAACCAGUUGGGACAGUUUUUGAGCAAUCGCGAAACAAAUUUACGAUAUUUAGCAUUGGAAUCAAUGUGUCAUCUAGCAACAUCAGAGUUUUCACACGAAGAGGUUAAGAAGCAUCAGGAAGUUGUUAUUUUAUCAAUGAAGAUGGAAAAGGAUGUCUCAGUUCGUCAACAGGCUGUUGAUUUGCUUUAUGCUAUGUGUGAUCGUACCAAUGCAGAAGAAAUUGUCCAAGAAAUGCUCAACUAUUUGGAAACUGCUGAUUAUUCUAUUCGUGAAGAAAUGGUGCUCAAGGUGGCUAUUUUAGCCGAAAAGUAUGCCACAGAUUACACAUGGUACGUUGAUGUGAUUCUAAAUCUCAUUCGCAUAGCUGGUGAUUAUGUAUCCGAAGAAGUUUGGUAUCGUGUAAUUCAGAUUGUUAUCAAUCGUGAAGAAGUACAGGGAUAUGCUGCCAAAACGGUGUUCGAAGCUCUACAAGCACCAGCAUGUCACGAAAACAUGGUCAAAGUUGGUGGUUAUAUAUUAGGUGAAUUUGGCAAUUUAAUUGCUGGUGAUUCACGUUCAGCGCCCUUAGUUCAGUUUAAACUUCUUCACUCAAAAUAUCAUUUAUGUUCGCCAAUGACUCGAGCUCUACUCCUCUCCACAUAUAUUAAGUUUAUAAAUCUAUUCCCUGAGAUUCGUACUAACAUACAAGAGGUAUUCCGUCAGCAUAGUAAUUUGCGUUCGGCUGAUGCUGAGUUGCAGCAACGAGCUAGUGAAUACCUUCAGUUGAGUAUUGUUGCGUCCACCGAUGUUCUGGCCACUGUACUCGAAGAGAUGCCAUCAUUCCCCGAACGGGAAAGUUCAAUUCUGAAUGUGCUCAAAAAGAAGAAACCAGGUCGUGUGCCGGAGAAUGAAAUUCGAGAAUCAAAGAGCCCAGCACCAGCAACUCUUAACAAUGUACAUGUUAAUCAUAAGGUGACCAAUAACACAAAUGCAAAUGCAGACCUCCUUGGAUUAAGUACACCACCAUCAGCAACAACCAAUAACAACUCAACUGGUGGCACCCUCAUUGAUGUAUUAGGCGAUAUCUAUGGAUCAAAUGCAACAACAAACAGUACAGCGAUUUACAAUUCUAAGAAGUUCCUUUUCAAGAACAAUGGUGUCCUCUAUGAGAACGACUUGAUACAGAUUGGUGUCAAGAGUGAGUUCCGACAGAAUCUUGGUCGCCUUGGUUUGUUCUAUGGCAAUAAGACUCAAAUUCCAUUAACCAACUUUACACCUGUGUUGCAAUGGUCGGCGGAGAAUGCGCUCAAGCUUAACGUUCAAAUGAAGCCCGUCGAACCAACUCUCGAAGCUGGUGCACAGAUUCAACAACUUUUAACAGCCGAAUGCAUAGAAGACUAUUGCGAUGCGCCUACCAUCGAAGUGACAUUCCGUUACAAUGGUGUACAACAAAAAUUCAGUGUUCAAUUGCCCUUGACUGUAAAUAAAUUCUUUGAACCAACAGAAAUGAAUGCAGAAUCUUUCUUUGCUCGAUGGAAAAAUUUAGGAGGAGAACAACAGAGGGCACAAAAAGUCUUUAAGGCACAAAUUCCUUUAGAUUUGCAAGGAGCUAGAAAUAAACUGAUGGGCUUUGGUAUGCAAUUACUAACUAGUGUGGAUCCAAAUCCUGAUAAUAUGGUUUGUGCGGGCAUUAUUCAUACACAAACACAACAGGUUGGAUGUUUAUUACGACUCGAACCGAAUAAACAAGCGCAGGUUAGUAUGUUCCGAUUAACCAUCCGAGCCAGCAAGGACACCGUUACCCGCGAAAUCUGCGAUCUUCUCGCUGACCAAUUUUAAGAAUUUUCUGUUGAAUUUAGAUCAAAAUUUAAACUAAAAAGUUUCAUAAUACAAUUAUAAUUGAAAUGAAAAAAAAGCAAAAAAAAAAAACCAACAUAAUACAAUUCUCUCGAACACAGCAAAAAUGCUAAGGAAAACAUCUUUCCCCCUACACACUUCUCUCUUAUUAUACAGCACUUCUUCAAGCCAUAUUUUCCUCUGAUCCAUGGUCACUCUAAAAAACAAAACAAAAUUCCAUUUUAUUUUUUAAAAGAAAAAGUAAACAUUAAUCUGUUACAUUGUAACAAUAAACUUUGCAUAGGAAUUAUUAUGAUUAUUCUAGAUAAUACAAUUUACUAUAUAAAAAAAAAGAAAAAAACGAGGUAUGGUAUAUAAAAUAAUAGAAAGAAGUAUAAACUGAUGAAAUUAUAAAAAAAAAAAUAUGAAACAAAUAGAUAUAUAAUAUAAUUACCAUAUAUAUAAAUAUAUUUAGUAAUAAACGUUGUAGCAAAAAAAAAAAAUGUUAUGUUUUAUUGAUAAUAUACUAUAUUAUAAAUUAAUAUAAAAAAAAUAUAUAUAUAAAGUAAUAAAAAAAGUCUCAUUCUUGUUAAACAAAAUUUCAUAUUGAUAAAAAAACAUUUUUAAUAUUACACUAUUAAUGUAUUAUUUCGCUAUUAUUACAUUCUACUGUAUUAUUCACUGCAAUAGAGUUAUUUAGAAAAAAAAAUUAAAAAAAUAAAAAUAAAACUCGUUAAACGUUACUAUUUUAAGCAAACUUUAAGUUGUUUCUUUUUAUUAUGAAUUUUUCAAAGAAAAUUAAAAAAAAAAAACGAAAAUCAUGCGUUAACUAUGUUAUAAAAAUAUAUAUAUAUUUUGAGAGAAAAAUAAAAAAAAAAUAAUAUAAUUAUUUAUUAAUAAUACGUGUCGAAAGUUCUACGUAUUCUCAUAAAUAUUAUACUUAUUGAAAGGAAAAAAAAUGACAUUUUAUUGAAUAGUAUUACAAAUUUAUGGACAUUUCUUCUCAACAACCAACCAACAACAACACAAAAUAAGACAUAAAUCUUAUACAAAAAAAAGGUUAUUAAUAUAACAUAAGAAAAAUAUACAUAUUGUAAUUACAAAGUUUAUUAAUAAAAAAAAAACAAACAAAUAA